CACUAUAAAACUCUAUAUCUUGAGUCCUAAUUUAACCAUUCUAUUCUUAGUUUCAACUUCUCUACUGAUCUCUCUACAAGAUGAUCAAAAUACCAUCUCUUACUUUACUUCUUCAGCUUAUGCUUCUGUUGUUCCUUACAAGUACCAUUCAGUUGGUAUUUGCAAAGGGGAAAGACAAUGUUAGAGAAGCAUGCAAGGUGACAAGGUAUCCCAAACUUUGUUUCCGCUCGCUAGCGCAGUUCUCCAACGCUGCCGGAACGAGCCCCAGCAAAUGGGCAAGGGCAGGGGUGUCAGUGACAAUAGGAGAGGUUAAGCAUGUUCUAGUAUACCUUGCAAGGUUGAAGAAGAUUCAAGGACAAGUAGGGGGAAGAAGGAGCAGAGCUGCACUCUCUGAUUGCAUCGAGACUUCUAGAGAUGCCCUCGAUGAGCUUCAUAGGUCGCUUGGUGUGCUCAGGAAGCUCAGCAAAAACACCUUUGGUACCCAAAUGGAUGACCUUAACACAUGGAUCAGUGCAGCACUCACUGAUCAGGAUACUUGCCUAGAUGGAUUUCAAGGCCAAAGAGUAGGAAAGGAGAUUAGGUUGCUGAAAAUUAAGGUUAUAAGAUCAUAUUACAUAACCAGUAAUGCUUUAGCUCUUGUUAACAAGCUUGCCACUACAGGUAUUGGAAGCAUAGCGGAUCCAUAGAAAGUCCUAAUAAUAUUGUAACAAAAUUUAUGUGGACUUUUCUUUCAUGUAUCGUAAAUGUGAAACUCUCUUACUCUCAUAUCUAAUCAAAUGAUGUCAUGCAAAAUAAAAAAUAUUACCCACUAUUUCGAAAAGAAUUUAUUUUAACUA